AUGUCUUUGACUACGUACUACGUACAUCACUACGAUAGGUCCACGUCCACAACCGCGUCCACUUCCACCUCCGUCCGAACCUCAGAUGCGCGAAAGGACCUCCAGGAGGCGCUACGAAGCCUGCAAAAACAUGCUGUCAACUAUGUGAACCUAUCGCGGGUGCAACUGGCACUCAAUGCCCUGCGACAAGAGGCCGGAGACGAGACCGUGCGGGUGGCCAUCCUCGGUUUGGCCAACGGCUCAGAUUCAGGGCCCACUGCGAAGGAAAUCUUGCGUCUGCUGUUAGCAGAUCCGUUAUCGCCCCAACAAGAGUGGGAGGGGGAACUGCUGGGACAUGAUAUCAAUAAACCUCUGAUCGUGCGAGUGGGGGCAGCUCAACACCUCGAACAAGGAAGCGACACCGAAGAAGGGAACCUCACCUACGCCAAAGGUGGCUUGUUGAAGGAACUGAACGUGUCUUCGCCGGGACUCGAUGGUAACAGGCUCGAGUUCCUGCUAAUGACGAGCAAUCCUCUCGCCGACGCGUCGGAAUUUGCCGUUCAGAGGUUCGAAGAGGCUGCGCUGGUACCGACCGUGGAAAUACCGACGUCCAGUACUGGGAGGUUUACACCUGUCACCACGCCAGUGCAUAAGGCGUUGUUAGUCGGUGACGGACUUAUGGGAGCCGCCUCUUUGAUAAAUUCGCCAGUUCUGCAUCAUGACGAAGCGAUCAUGGGCGCAGUGAACCUUCCGGGCUUCGUGGCCCAGGACGAAGCGGGCUUGCCAUUUAUCCGAGUUGAUGUCACGGCUGCGGAGCAAGGCGUCCACGACAUCCGUCAGAGUGUUGACAAGGCUUUCGGAUACGAAAAGCUGUGGUUUAAGAGCAACAUGCCAGCCAUCAUAAAGUGGCUCAAGGAAGGUGCUACUACAACAGACAAUAGCACAACCAAAAGCGUGGUCCGCAAUUUGAUCGCAUCAGUUUUGAGGAGUACACGGGACGCCAUAGGACAAGAAGAGGUUCGGCGCUUAUCUGCGGCAUCUUCGUCAAUAGUCUCGCCUAGAGCGGUCGUUUCCUUGAACAAUGCACUUGCAGACUGGUCUGAGAAGGCUCACGCUGAGUUACAAGGAGAGUUGGACAGGGCCUUCAGCAGUCGGCGGUGGAGCAAGCUGAACUGGUGGAAGCUAUUCUGGCGGGUGGACGAUGUCGGCGUGCUCUCUUCCGAGAUGCUGUCGCAGCGAUUCCUGCCUCGCGCAGAGCGCAACGUCAUCUACCUUGCCGGCCAAAUAGAUGGGUCGGAAUUGUUGGGUCCCGACAAUGGCAAGGCGGUGUAUUCCUUGCCUUCCCUCGUGUCGGCACCCUUGCCAACAUCGCCACCGAGUGACUCUACUACCAUAGCACAGGCUACGCCGCCUAGUCUUCCAACAGGCACAAAGUGGCCUACCCACAUCACGUUCACGCGCAACUAUCUUCAGUUGGAGACUAUCCCUGCCCUCCAGGCGCUCGCCCAGAAGCUCGUCUUCCAGUCUGCCAGCUUUUCGGGACUAACCACCGCCCUCGGCGCACUCAUGUAUCUGUCCUCUUUCGGCCUCUCCGAGUCAGGUGCGGUAGCAGCGUUUGGCAUUGUCUGGAGCCUUCGACGUCUACAAAAGAAGUGGGAGGCUGCACGCGAGUACUGGCAGAGUGAGGUCCGGGAGGAAGGACGCAAGGCAGUACGAGCUGUGGAGAUCAGUGUGGGCGAAGCGUUGGACAAGGCAACGAGGAAGGGUGGCGAGGGGGUUGAUGAAGCACAUUUGAAGGAUCUGAGAGCGGCCACAGAGCUCAUCCAGAAGGCGGAGGAGGCGUUGGAACGACUCCAAUGAUUCCGAUGAGAAGCAGGCCGGUGAACAUAGCGGACCUCAUGUACAACAGAAUCUUGUGUACAUACUACUAGAACUGAACCUAAUAUUCAAUGAAUCCUCAACUUUGG